UGCGAGCUGUACCACUGGGUGGAUCUCUUGGAUCGUUUCGACGGAAUCCUAGCGGAAGCGGGUCGGCCGGUGGAAAACAUGUCCUGGAUGUUGGCCUGCGACCGGCCGGAACGCGAGCAGCUGAAGGCCCUUCUCCUGGCUCUCCUCAACUUCACCGCCCUCCUCAUCGAGUACAGCUUCUCCCGUCACCUCUACAGCUCCAUCGAGCACUUGACGACGCUGUUGGCCUCCUCGGACAUGCAAGUGGUGUUGGCGGUGCUCAACCUCCUCUACGUCUUCAGCAAACGCUCCAAUUACAUCACCCGCCUGGGGUCCGACAAGCGAAGCCCCCUCCUCUCCCGCCUGCAGCACCUGGCUGAGAGUUGGGGCGGAAAAGAGAACGGCUUCGGGUUGGCCGAGUGCUGCCGGGAUCUCCACAUGCUGGUGAGCUUCGACUUCGGGGUCCCCCGGCGAGACACCGCCUCCAAUUUAGGCAGCGCCGUGGACGAGCUGAUGCGGCACCAACCCACCCUAAAAACCGACGCCACCACCGCCAUCAUCAAGCUUUUAGAGGAAAUUUGCAGCCUGGGCCGCGACCCCAAAUACAUUUGCCAGAAACCCUCGAUGCAGAAAGCGGACGGGACGGCGGCAGCUCCCCCUCCUCGCUCCCCCCACGCCGCCGAAGAAGCCUCCAGCGAGGAUGAGGAGGAGGAGGAAGUUCAAGCCAUGCAGAGCUUCAGCGCGACCCAACAGAGCGAGGCCGAACCCAGCCAGCAGGUGGUGGGCACGGAGGAGCGCAUCCCCAUCCCCCUCAUGGAUUACAUCCUCAACGUGAUGAAAUUCGUGGAGUCGAUCCUCAGCAACAACACGACGGACGAUCACUGCCAGGAAUUCGUGGCCCAGCGGGGCCUGACGUUCUUCAUCUGCUCGGUGGGCUUCACCUCCCCCAUGCUCUUCGACGAGCGCAAGUUCCCCUACCACCUCAUGCUGCAGAAAUUCCUCUGCUCCGGCGGCCACAACGCCCUCUUCGAAACCUUCAACUGGGCGCUCUCCAUGGGGGGGAAAGUGCCGGUAGCGGAAGGACUGGAGCACCCCGAUUUACCCGACGGGACCGGGGAGUUUUUAGACGCGUGGCUGAUGUUGGUGGAGAAAAUG